AUGGAUCUCCCAUCAGGUGUUCGUGCUCGGAAAGUCGGGUCACCCGCAGAGAAACCUUCCUUACAAUCGAAUAAGGCGAUCAAGGUAGUGUCGCGGAAGCAAUCCUCAUCUACUAGUCAAGUUCGUGUAGAUACUACGAUCGCCGCUGAUGAAAGAGACGACACACAGCGCGCUCGCUUCAGCGACGUGCGGCCUCGCCAGACUAUGGUAGCGGGGGCAACCCGGCCCUCCCUCAUCGAUGGCACCCAGAGAGAAGACGGAACGCAACACGCCCGCAUAAUUGAUCCACCUCGGCAGCGAAUGCAAUUCAGAAAAACCAUAUCUGCUCACCCAAACGCGUUCGUCCACCACCGAGACAAUAGAGCUCGCACGAAGGGCACUUCUUACUUUCCGCCAUCGUCUAGGCAAUCCGCGUGGUCCGAUGGUCCAUCGUACUCGAGCAGAGAUCAAAGAGAAGAACGACGUUGGUAUUCGAAGCGAGCCACGACCCUACCCCGCGCCAACCCAUCGAUCCUGCACAUAAUCCCAAACUUACGGAAUUCUCGAGAAGGAUAGCCAAUACCGUCACAAAAUCUUUACCGACAAUUGAUCCGGUCACUCGCAGCAUCUUAGAUGAGCGAAGGGAGCCUGAGCUCUCUGCUCGGAAGCGCCAGUACGACCAAGACAGGGGAUGGCUUGGUCUACGAGGGACAGAUUUCAUCCGAUCUAGAAAAGGUCAUUCCCGCCCAAGAUGGGAUGACAUCGAGGAUGGCGAGGAGCCAGCACUCGCUGCAAAGAAUCUGACCGCGUCACUGUACCAUGGCAUCCCUCUCAUAGGCGGUCCAGUGAUCUACUUAAACACGGAUGCAAGCUCCGUCGUAAUUCGGAAUGGGAAGGUAUAUGGCAAGGCGGCAAGAAAACUCCACUACAAAGAACAAAUUUCCAAUCAGACAGCUAGAAAGAGAGCUAAUUCUGUAAAUGACCGCGAAGUCACCGAUAUCGAGGACUCGAUCCCGCCGCCAGACCUUGUCCGCCACAUCUCCAGCCGACCAGAAAGUCCCUUGGGUCAGCUCAAGGAUGCCUUGAAAGCACUGACGUUGGCCACGAGCAUGCACAAAGGAGCGAAUCGGCUGCCCUUUCUUCGGCGGAACAUGCGUCGUGGUUUCGAUCAGAGUUGCGUCAGGAGAGGCGUACCUACAAAUCCUCAGGCGCCUCCCCGGAAAAACGUAAGGGUCAUCUACAAAAAGGCUCCUGGUAGUGAAUUGGACAAAGACGACGAUGAGGAAGAUGAUCAUGAUCAUGAACUAGAGAUAGCCGACUGGUAUUGUCCAGUAUGUGAGGUCUACGGGCGUUUUCCUACACGAGAGAUGCUGCAGAGGCACAUGGAAUGGGACCAUGACGAAGUAGAGACGGAAUGGGAGCUUAGCGGUGAUCAAUCAUGGUCGAUAUCUCUGGUUAUACAUCGCGCCAACUCUGAUGAUGAUACCUCUUCACAGACAGUAUUACCCAGUCGAUCGCCUUCGCCUGUUGGACUCUUACAGACAAAUUUGGACACUACUGGAACCCAAGGCCUCCCGGUAUCAGAAUCGAUUCACCGCCCGGAUUCACCAGAGACGUCAGCUUCUGUUUCGACCACUCAACAAACCCCUGCCCCGCAAUUCAAGUUCAAAUUCCAACCGCCCACGACGUUCUCGGCCGCCGACUCCAUGCGGGCGUCGAGCAUGACCUCCCAAUCCUCAUCACAUCUGCUUCCAAUCCAGCGGCAGAGGUCCUCAUCGCCGCCCGCAGCGCUCGUUUUUGGUUCCGACACGGAUCCGCUCGGACCGGUUAUGCGGGCGCCUUUGUUCCCAACCAAACUGGAUAACGGGAGCGUGCUAUAUUAUUCAUGUCGUCCUGGCGGCGGCAAGCUGUACGACCUUGUUGGAUCGUUGCCAAUGGAUCCAUACGGUGUGCUGUCGUGGUCGGUGAUUCACAAGGAGGAAGAGCUGUUCGAAGCCGAUGAUGUGAGGGACGAGGAUAAGGUGAUGCAAGCGUUAUGGGGUAGAUGGGUUCUGUUAAAUCGAAACACAUUCGUUGAAGAUUCUUGUAAAUGGGUAAAAACCUUCGUGGAUGAGUACUGGGUGACAAUCCGGCUAGCUGCUGGAUGGCGCGCGCUGCGGAGCCACUUGUUGGUGCUUGCACAAUCGAAAUUUCUGACGGGUAAAGAAACUACUGUAGUGUUGCAGCAUUAUGAGGGUUUGGCCGGUGUGAAAUGACACCAUGUCCAUUUCAUAUCUUGGUCCCCGCAAAAUCUUUAUUCUAGAGUAAUCCUGUAUCCUAACUGCACUUUUGUGUGCUGAAGAAUCAAAUUGCAAUGUCUGCACCUUUACACAAC